AUGGACUCUAGCGGGGCUGGGACCCCUAGUCCUCAGCCCUCAAGGGCCAAUGGGAAUAUCAACCUGGGACCUUCAGCCAACCCAAAUGCCAGGCCCACUGACUUUGACUUCCUGAAAGUCAUUGGCAAAGGGAGCUACGGGAAGGUCCUGCUGGCCAAGCACAAGUCUGACGGGAUGUUCUAUGCAGUGAAGGUGCUGCAGAAAAAGUCCAUCUUAAAGAAGAAAGAGCAGAACCACAUCAUGGCGGAGCGCAGUGUCCUGCUGAAGAAUGUACAGCACCCCUUCCUGGUGGGCUUACGCUCCUCCUUCCAGACGGCUGAGAAGCUCUACUUCGUGCUCGACUAUGUCAACGGGGGAGAGCUCUUCUUCCACCUGCAGCGGGAACGCCGGUUCCUGGAGCCCCGGGCCCGGUUCUACGCCGCCGAGGUGGCCAGCGCCAUUGGCUACCUGCACUCCCUCAACAUCAUUUACAGGGACCUGAAACCAGAGAACAUUCUCUUGGACUGCGAGGGACACGUGGUGCUGACGGAUUUUGGCCUCUGCAAGGAAGGGGUAGAGCCUGAAGAGACCACAUCCACAUUCUGUGGCACCCCUGAGUACUUAGCUCCAGAAGUGCUUCGUAAAGAGCCUUAUGAUCGGGCAGUGGACUGGUGGUGCUUGGGGGCAGUUCUCUACGAGAUGCUGCAAGGCCUGCCACCAUUCUACAGCCAAGACAUGACCCAGAUGUAUGAGAACAUUCUGUACCAGCCACUACAGAUCCCCGGGGGCCAGACUGUGGCUGCCUGCGACCUCCUGCACGGCCUUCUCCACAAGGACCAGAGGCAGCGGCUGGGCUCCAAAUCAGACUUUCUUGAGAUAAAGAGCCAUGUAUUCUUCAGCCCCAUAAACUGGGAUGACUUGUACCACAAGAGGCUGACUCCACCCUUCAAUCCAAAUGUGGCAGGACCUGCUGACUUGAAACACUUUGACCCCGAGUUCACCCAGGAAGCUGUUUCAAAGUCCAUUGGCUGCACUCCCGACACUGUGGCCAGUAGUUCUGGGGCCUCGAGUGCAUUCCUGGGAUUUUCCUAUGCACCAGAGGAUGAGACCAUCUUGGACUACUAG